AAUUCAACAUAAUAUUGUUUAUACCUAAGGUUUAAGCCACUGCAUUUAAUCUUUAAAUAUAUUCAUUUUUGGCUCUAACUAUGGCCUUAGAAAGCAUUUGUGGGAUGGAUAAGGUGCCAUUCAUGAGGAGCUUUGGAUCCCGCACCUCAAGGCAAACAAUUGAAGAAAUCAGACUCGCAUCGAGUAACAUGGAUAAUCCCCUCGCCAUAAUGGCUCCGCCCUUUGAAAAUCCUCGGGAAAGUGUGAGUAAACUGAGUGCCGUUAGUGAAGUGCAAAUGGAUUGCGACCACGGAACCACCACGGUGGGUUUUGUUUACCAGGGUGGCAUUAUCCUGUGUGUGGAUUCCAGAACCACGUCGGGCAAGUUUAUUGGAUCCCAAAGCUUGCAGAAAGUGGUGCAGGUGAACCAGUAUAUGCUGGGUACUAUGGCAGGUGGUGCCGCGGACUGCACCUACUGGGAUCGAGCUUUGACCAGGGAGUGCCGACUGCACGAGCUCCGCUAUAAGGAGCGACUACCAGUGCGGUCUGCUGCCAGAUUCAUCUGCAACGUGGCUGCGGAGUACAAGGGAAUGGGUCUCUGCAUGGGAAUGAUGUUGGCAGGUUGGUCGCCCGAGGGAUCCAGCUUGGUGUACGUGGACUCCGACGGCCUGCGGCUCCAUGGGAAAGUUUUCGCCGUGGGCAGUGGAGCCUCCAAUGCCCUGGGAAUUCUGGACACUGACUACCGCUUGGAUCUCAGUGAUAACGAGGCCUACGACCUGGCCUUCCGCGCAGUGUAUCAUGCCACCAUGAGAGAUAUAUUUUCCGGAGGCUUGGUGAGACUGUAUCACAUAGAUCAAGACAACUGGAGGAAUGUGGCCAAUAAAGACUGCCAGGAACUGCAUGAGAAUUACUCAGGAGGUGGAAAGAAUCAACAAGCUUCUGAUAAUUGCAAUAUUUAAGCAAUGCGCAUCAUAACCUAAUGAAUGGUUGGUUGACCGAAACGAAAACAUCACGUUUAGAACAAACCCUUCUGCAUUUUACUAAAUUAAGACCAUCCAAUAAAUGUUGCUGACUUAUUUAUUUUCUAA